GUAGGCAGGAGAUGCAGGAGAGACACGGACUGCUCUCCACCGAUAAGAGCAACAACGAAGCGCUUCUUGGCUCUCCGCAAGCACCGGCACACCGGGAAGGAUCCCCGAGCCGAACACGCGCCUCGUCCUGCUGUCCCAUGCCACCAUGCGCGUUCUUUCGCCGCGCGCCGCUCUUCUGUCGGUCUCCUACUCUCAACUGUUCCUCAUCCUCACCAGCGGCAGCUACCUGGCCUUAUCCUCAGUGGUGGCUCUGGGUGCCAAUAUUAUCUGCAACAAAAUCCCCGGACUGGCCCCCAAACAGCGUGCCAUCUGUCAAAGCCGCCCGGAUGCCAUCAUUGUUAUCGGUGAGGGUGCUCAGAUGGGUAUCAAUGAGUGUCAGUACCAGUUCCGCUAUGGCCGAUGGAACUGCUCUGCCCUCGGUGAGAGGACCGUCUUCGGCCAAGAGCUUAGAGUCGGCAGCAAGGAGGCAGCGUUUACUUACGCCAUCACAGCAGCUGGAGUGGCCCAUGCAGUUACAGCAGCGUGCAGUCAGGGCAACCUGAGCCACUGUGGCUGCGACAGGGAGAAACAGGGCUACCAGAAUCAAGAGGAGGGCUGGAAAUGGGGUGGAUGUUCAGCUGACGUCAAGUACGGAGUCGAGUUCUCCCGACGCUUUGUGGAUGCUCGUGAGAUUAAAAAAAACGCCCGCAGGCUCAUGAACCUGCACAACAAUGAGGCAGGCAGAAAGAUUCUGGAAGAGAGGAUGAAGCUGGAGUGCAAGUGCCAUGGCGUCUCGGGCUCCUGUACCACAAAGACAUGCUGGACAACGCUGCCUAAGUUCCGCGAGAUUGGCUAUGUGCUGAAAGAGCGGUAUGGUGCUGCUGUACAGGUGGAGGCAGUGCGAGCCACACGCCUACGCCAGCCCUCCUUCCUGCGCCUCAAGCAGUCACACGGCUACAUCAAGCCCACUGACACGGACCUGGUGUAUUUGGAACGCUCCCCUAACUACUGCGAGGAGGAUGCUUUGACGGGCAGUACAGGGACACGGGGCCGCCUCUGCAACCACACCUCGCCCCACCCAGAUGGAUGCAACCUUAUGUGCUGCGGCCGCGGUCAUGACACACACCAGUACACACGUGUGUGGCAGUGUAACUGCAAAUUCCAGUGGUGCUGCUUCGUCAAGUGCAACACCUGUAGUGAAAAAACUGAGGUGUUCACUUGCAAAUGAGAACAAGCAAACAUAAAACAGGCAGGGGGCACAGAAGCGUGAAGUUAAUAAGCUCAGUUUGUCACAGCUUCGUUUUGCACAUCAGGUACUCAUUGUAGGGGGAAAGGACAAAUAUAAAAUGGAAGUGUCUUUUGGGGAAAAAGUGCACUGACUGCAGUCUGACAUAUCAUAUGAGUUCAUGCUCUAUGUGGGACCACACAGAGUGAAAGGAUUUUAUAGCUCAGAGUGUCUAAGGCCAUUGGAGAAAUUUUCUGAGGAUCUGAUAGCGGCUGUGGUUGCAUGAUUAUGUCAGACAAAAAAGCUGAUAAAAGAAGCAAUUCUAAAGACUGAAACUGUUCAAGGCAACAUGUGUGGAUGGAUAGGAGAAAAGACUGAUGAUUUCCUCGACAUAACAUGCUGGAUUACUUCAAAUGUUCAAUCACACUGUAUCUGUUUGAACACUGAAAAAAGACUGACUUUCUCUUUGUCCCCUUCUGGAGAGAGAGAGAAAACAUAGUUCUCGUCCUGACUUAAAGGCAGAUGUUUCUUUUACAAUUUUGAAAAAUGGUUGCUACUGAUAUGUUGCUGUUGUAUUGCCAUAACUCAUAAUAUUUCAGUACCGUUGUGUAAUAAUAAGAACACACAGAAACCAGGUGUCAGUUUCAAAAGUUGGCAGAUGUGUAUUUAUUUUCCCUGCUUUUCUUUGCUGCUCAAUGAUAGAAAACAGGCCAGCUAUGUCCACAGCCAACUGGACAAGAUGUCAUGGAGUCACUGAAUGUGUUGCUGAUUGCUGUGGUGGGAUGUGUGAUGUUCUGUUUUGUUGUGGCCUCCCAAAAAAAUGCAUACUUUUGUGGAAACGGUUAAUGCUGAACCCUGAUAUACUGAAUCAAACAACCACAAUGUGGCAAUGAGAUCUGCAUUGUCUGUUCAUCUCAGUGUAUAAAUGUGUAUUUUGUGCAUGCAAAAAGGAGCACAAGAGAGCUGGUAAAAUACUCCAUGCAAUUGGGUGACCAAACUAUGCACAGAAUAUUCUCACAAAUGCCAGAGACAUGGGAUUCCACAUCACUGGCCCAGCUUGCACAAACUCCCCCCAGCCAACUAUAUUCCUCCUGAGCCAAUGGAAUUUGCCUAACCAUACAGCUGGGGGCUGAAAAGAUUCAUGGGUAGCGACAUUCUUUUAUUCAAAAUUGUUUAUGCAAGGUUUAAGGCUGGCAAAUUUGAGAAAGUAUAUUUUUUUACUAAGCAAAUCCGGCACUUUAUGUCAUGUAUAUUCAGAAAAAGAGUAAUUAUUACUAUUUUCCUUAUUAUCUAUUAUCAUUGUUUCUUUAUGAUUGGAAUCAUUAAUUUUAAUGAAUUGUGUCCCAAAUUAAUAAUGUAUACAUUAUUUCUUUCUUUCUUUUAUUUCUUCUUUGACAUAAAUCCAUCUCAUCCUUUUGUAGCCUGGUUAUAUGUGUAGUAUUGCAGAAAUGUUACUAGGUUAAUAAAUGAAUUCAUUUCAGUGACCCUUGUUCAUGACUAUUCAGUGUGAAAUAGAUUUUAUAGAAAUCAUUUAUUAAAUAUGAAAUAUAUUAAAUCAGA